AUGGAGAACUCUGCGUCAAGCAUUAAAGAUUCCAGCACGACCAUAGUCCAUGGGCCCAUCACCACGCGUGACUCGCAACCAGAAUGUGGCCUACUGUUGGCGGAACCCGUGUAUGCGGAGGAUGUAUUUCAGACUCGGGGUAACAGUCUAUGCACCAUUGGAAAUGGUGAGUUAGAGGUGCCUCAAGUGGCAAAAGAUUUACCUACCAUAUCUAACGCGCAUAUCAUAGGAUUAUUCCUGAGCAGUGGUAUGAUUCUCGCCCUUGCUGGUCCAGGCGGCGCCGUUGUCGCAUACUUACUUAUGGGCAUGGUGGUCGGCGCUGUAAUAUCAUGUUUGGGAGAAAUGACUGCCCUAAUGCCUGUCAACGCUCCGGUAAUGGAAUUCCCGCGAAGAUUUCUAGAUCGUGGGGUGGGUUUUGCGGUUGGCUGGACAUAUUGGUUCGCAUACGCGGUUGUCGCUACACACAAUAUGGUGGGUGCCGCAGAAACAGCCCGAUAUCGAUAUACGGACGGGAAAACAAAUGUCAUUUGGGAAGUAGGGGAAAGAGUUGACACUGCGGUGUGGAUAACGGUUUUCAUUGUUCUCAUCGCGUUGAUAAAUCUAUUCCCGGUCAAGGUGAAUAAAUAA